GACAAAGAUAAUCAAAAUGGCGCGCAGCAUGAGGAAAAACUGAUUGCUAAGCGCAAAAGCCGAUUUUUUAAAAAGCAAUAAACAAAAGGAGUAGUUAAAUGUUGACCACAUGGCUUGAAAGUAACUCAUCGUCGGAUGCGGGCUAUUCAACGCUAUCUAGCGCUAACUGCUUGCUUAAUAGUCUGUCUAUUACUGCUCUUCGUCCUACCGAAAUGGGAGAAUUCGUCUGCUCAAUUUUCAGUUAAAAAGGAAUUACAAUCUUUUCUUGAUCACCAUGACUUGGAGACUUACUGGUCGGAAAGAAAGGUUUCUCCUGGUCGAUUAUGCAGUAUGGAAAGUUGUUUCGACUACUCCAAGUGCCGAAAUGCUUUCAAAGUUUACGUUUAUCCUUCGGAAGGACAGGAAUCCCAGAAUGACGAAGAUAUAGUUGAGGACCAACAAAAGUCGAUCUACGAAGCAAUACUAACAUCGAUUAAAGAAUCCCGGUACUAUACGCAAGAUCCCAAGGAAGCUUGCCUAUUCGUCUUGUCUAUCGACACGCUCGAUCGAGAUAAACUUAGUAAUCUUUAUGUCAGCAACGUUCAAUCGAAAAUACGAGCUCUCGAUUUAUGGAAUGAAGGAAAAAAUCAUAUUAUUUUUAACCUAUAUAGUGGGAGUUGGUCAGAUUAUAUCGAACGAUUAGAUUUCAAUUAUGGGAAGGCCAUACUUGCAAAAGCGUCAAUAUCCGAGGACUUUUUUCGACAAGGAUUUGAUGUUUCUCUUCCUCUCUUCCACAAAGAGCAUGCUCAAAAAGGCGGUAGUAAUGGAUUGUUAAGGGCUAAUACAGUUCCUGCUUUACGAAGCUUAAAGUUGGUAUUUAAAGGUAAACGAUAUCUAACUGGUAUAGGCUCAGAAACAAGAAAUACUCUGUAUCAUAUACAUAACGGCAAGGAUAUGAUACUCUUAACUACGUGUAAACACGGUAAAGGAUGGCAAAAUAAGAUGGAUGAAAGAUGUGAAGAGGAUAACAUUGAAUACGACAAGUAA